GCACUUCUCUUGGUUCCCCGCGUGCCAGCGUGCUGGAGAGGUGGACUCUGCAGUGACUGCAGGGCGCGCAGGAUGAAGGAUGAGCGGUGGUCCCCGCACGGCGCCUCCUCGCGGCUGGCCGAUGGACAAGCCCCCGCCUGGGGCGGCUGAUUCAGGGGACACGCCUGCCGCCCCCCUCAGAGAGGCCCCCCAGGGGGCCGACGGGGUCCUCCUUUCCUCCUCAACCAUCUUAGACUUGAGUCAGAGUGGUCUUCACCAUUUAGAAGAGAUCUCUAAUGUCCCCAACCUUAAACAAUUGCAUCUUCAAAGAAAUGCCCUCCGCGAGCUCCCUCCAGACUUCUUUCAGCUGCUGCCAAACCUCACUUGGCUGGACUUCCGCUACAACAGGAUUAAAGCCCUUCCCUCUGGGAUCGGCUCUCACAAGCAUUUGAGAACUUUGCUUUUAGAAAGAAAUCCUAUCAAAACGUUACCUGUGGAGCUGGGGAACGUGACCACGCUGGGAGGCCUGAACCUGAGACACUGCCCCCUGGAGUUCCCCGCCCGCCCCGUCGUGCAGAAGGGCCUGGGCGCCAUCCCGGCCUUCCUGCAGGCCUGGGCCACACCGCGGCCUCCCCGCCGCGGGCCGGCUUCUCCAGGUGCGUGGGCCCAUCCCUGCACCGAACCGCUCCCCCAGCCCUGCAGGCCGGCCCUCGUGGGCCGGAAGAAACACCCAGGCCCAGACGUGCAGGGGCCAGUAGGAGGGGAUGGCGGGGGCCCGGGGCACGAGGCGGGCGCCCCCAGCUCCGAGCCGUCUGCCUUGUCUGCUGCCCACCUGCGGCUGCGAGUCACGAAGGGUGGGGGAAACAGGAAAGUGCGCCUCAUCUGCCCAAAUAGACGUGCAGAGGGAGGGCGGCGGAGUGGAGGGAGGAGCCGGUCGGUAGUGGGGCCCUCGGCUCUGGGGGGGCGUGUUGAGGUCCUGCCGGCCAGCAGCACUGUGGCUGCCAGUGACCUCACCGCCCCCCGCGGUGCACCCAGCGGAGCCCCCCCCCCCCACGAUGCCAUGGACCCUCAGGAGGGAAAGGGGAGGUUAAAAGAAAAGGCGGACUUUUUCCCUCCUGUUGAAAAGCUAGGCCUGAGCGAGCUCGCGCGUGCACCUACCCCCCCAGAGGACUGGCCGGGCCAGGAGGAGGUGAGGCGCUUCUGGAGGCUGCGGCAGGAGACCGCGGGGAAGGAGCGGCCGGAGGCGCUGCCGCACCGGCUCCUGCAGGGGGAGCUGCCUGCGGGCCUCCAGGCGGCUCUGAGCGCGGAGGACAGAGGACCUCGCAGCCCCAGACAUGGCCGCAGCGUGUGCGGUCUGCCGGGGAGCGUACGUCGUGGGGUCUGUGACCCUCGAAGGAAGCCGUCCUCCCUCAGGAGCGUCCUGCCGGCCCUGCCGUUGCCGCGAGCAGGGCUUCCCGCCAAGCGAGCCGAGGGGAGCAGGGCCUUGGCCCUGACGGCACAGCACAGCAGACUUGUAGCUCCUCUACUGUCAGAGCGACGUCCAAGCCACGGCGGCUUUGGAGGAAGUGGUGCUCCCUGCCUCUCGCCGUGUGGCCUCACCGGCGGGCUGCCCCCGCUCCCCGCCCGCCUGUGUCUCGGGGCGCGGCGUGCCCUCCGCGUCCUGUCCCAUCCAUCACCACCCGCGUCUCUGCGCACCAUCCUUCAGGAGCGAGAAGACUUCACACUUAGGCCGUUGGCUCUGCACACGGCCCCCCAGCAGAGCUCCUGUCCCGUGCACGCCCAGGUCCAGGGUGCAGGGACCCCCUCCCAGCCUCUCCCCACGGUACCCAGUGGGAACUAUGACGUCCACGCUACUCUGCAAGAGGAAAGUUGUCCUGUCCUGUGUGGCUUGUGAGCGACAUGAAGAUACUGUACAUAAUCCCUGUCAUAUUUUAUGGCCUGGAAACCUAGGCAUAUUGGUAUAACCUGGAGCGACAGAAAGCCUCAUGAACCAAAUUGGAAAUACAGGACUUGUGGGACGACAAAUACAAACAUCUGACUUCAGGGGCCCGGAUGGCUGAGGCAGCUGAGGUGGUGAUCUCGCGGUUCGCGAGUUCGAGCCCCGUGUCAGACUCUCUGCCAACAGUGAGGAGCCUGCUUGAGAUUCUCUCUCUCUCUC